AUGGCAGCCUCUUCAGGUGUUCUCGCAUUGCUCGCUCUGUUCCUCCUCAACAUUCUCAUAAUCCAAGCAAGUGGGUCCCCCCAGAACCCCAUCGGCUGGAUGCCCCCGAGAUCCGGCUGCCGUGGGACCGUCGCGGAGUGCCUCUCCGGCGGCGACGAAGACGCCGAGUUCCAGCUUGACUCAGAGUCAAACAGGCGCAUAUUAGCCACCAACAACUACAUAAGCUACGGUGCGCUGCAGAGGAACAAUGUACCAUGCUCGCAGCGCGGCGCAUCUUACUAUAACUGCAAACAAGGCGCUCAGGCCAAUCCUUACAAUCGUGGGUGCAGUGCCAUCACUCGCUGCAGAAGCUAA